AUGGGGACACAGGCAGACACAGACUGGAGGCAAGAAGCCCUUCUAGCUGCCAUUAGUGAAAAAGAUGCCAAUAUUGCUCUGCUGGAGCUGUCAUCCUCCAAGAAAAAAACCCAAGAUGAAGUAGCUGCACUUAAACGAGAGAAGGACCGCUUGGUGCAACAGCUGAAGCAACAGACUCAAAAUCGCAUGAAAUUGAUGGCAGAUAACUAUGAGGAUGAUCACCUCAAAUCGUCAUCUCAUUCCAACCAAACUAACCAUAAACCCUCCCCAGAUCAGGUAAUUCAGCCCCUUUUAGACCUUGAUCAGAAUCGCAGCAAGUUGAAGUUGUAUAUUGGACAUUUGACAGCCCUGUGCCAUGACCGGGACCCCCUGAUUCUCCGUGGACUCACCCCGCCUGCUUCCUACCACCAGGAUGACAACCGUGCAGCUUGGGAGAAGGAGCUGCAGAAGAUGACUCUGGAGCAGCUUCACAAUGAGCUGGAAAAAGGCGAGAGGGACAGUGCAGAGCUACAAGAGUUUGCCAAUGCCAUUCUACAGCAGAUAGCCGAUCACUGCCCUGACAUCCUGGAGCAAGUUGUCAAUGCACUUGAAGAGUCAUCAUGACCGAAGCCAGUGCUAGCCCCCUAGCAGCAGCAUGCCUGGGGGCCAAGCCCGGUCAGUCCAAGGAGUCAUGAGGAUGCAGAAUUGUGUGAAAGUGGGGAGGGGGAGAAAACAGAAACUUUUGGUGCACCUUUUUAUAAAAAGAAACAAAUGAACCUAUCUCCGCUCUUCCAGUUUAUAGAUACUGAUUCAUGUCUGCAUUCAUCCUCUCACUGCCUUUCUUCUUUGGAAUAUGCCUCCCAGUUACUUUUCCUGUUGGCUUUGGGAUACGUCUGCUCAGAAAUUUACUGAGUUCAGUAAGCAUGGAAGUGGCAAUAUAGUGGACACAGGUAGUUCUGGUGAUCCUUGAAGUGGUGGCAGGAGAACACUUGCCUUGAUUUUAUUUUUUUCCGUUAGUAGAAAUCUUUGGCCUACCUUCCUUUAUGGGGGAAGUUGAGUGUGUUCUGAUAGCGGCCCACAGUUGGCCAGCAUUGAUUUAGCUAGCUCAAGGUAUGCUGCCUAUGUCUGCACAGGAGUUUUAUCCUAAAAGCGGAAGCUGUUACAAGGAGAUUGUGGGUGGUAAGGAGAAUCCCUUGUUCUCUUUGGUAACUUCAAUUGAGUAAGAAUGGGAAACAUGUUUUCUCUGGUUUUCUGCCUAUUGUAAGCCUUGUUUUUGUUUACCAAAAUAGCUAUGAAAUGCAUGUGGCUGUUGGGGAAGGGUCUUCUUACCUGAAAACCUGGAGAGCCACUGCCAGUCAACACUACUAAGCUAGAUGGCAGCUUCCUGUGUUUUCUUUAGCCAAGUUUCUUGCUCUUCUGGCAAAUUUUAGUACCUUUUCUACAUAGCUUUGCAUUCUCAUGUGAAGGGUGCUCUCUUUAUGCAUUACUUCUCAUUUUAUCUAUUUCUGAUUUCUUAGGGGUUUACUUUAUAAGCUAUGCCCGGCUCCAAGAGUACUAGAUAUGGUCGCCCCUACUGCUUCUUCUAUAACACUCACCAAAGAUUGAGUAAACCCAAAAUAGUUUCUCUAAAUGGCAUCCUCUUAACAUAUCCAAAUUCACAGGCUCAUAAAUAGGAAUCUGGCUAUUCACGUGUUUUGCGCUAAUUGUGAAAAUACAGUUUUAAUCCGGGCAACAUUUUAUGCAUAGUGUCAUUCUUCAGGCAUUCACAAGAACAGAAUUCUGGUAUCAGGUUAUUUCUUCCUGAGAGGAACUGUUUUUGAUGUUUAUUCUUGCAGAUUUCAGGAUUAAUAGAACCUUUUGGAGCAAACAUAGAAGAAAGAGUUAGGAUUCUGAACUUAAUGAAAUAAGAGAAAAGAUCACUGUUCCUUACAAUGCUUUCCUAACUCGUUUACCUCUAUAAUGAUUGCCCAAAUCACCAUGCUUGGCUUUUCCAGCUUAAGCAAUUUACACAUGGAUAGGCCCAUGCAUUCAAAGUUUAGAAAGCAGACACGCUCUCAAAGCCUUUUUCUUUUCCCCUUCAACAGUAUCCCCACUCCACCAGUGCAACUUUCCAAUUUGGCAACCCAGACCCUAAGACAUUAUUUUCUAUAUAGCAAGGAAUAAUUUUCUAUAAAGUUACUGUUCAGUCAUUACCAUCUUCAACCCAUGGACAUUGAACCAGCCCCAGUAUCCCCAAUCAGGAGCCUCUCUGACUGAAUCAAGAGUCCUCUAGGCACUCUAUGAAUCCUUUAUUACUACUUUUUAUACACAUAGUUUCUGCCUUUGAAAAUGAAAGGAUUCGGUCACUUCUUCAAGAUGCUCUAUUUCUUCCUUUCAUUCUCAUGCAGGAGAAGGAACCUGGGGAUAUCUCAGAAAGGAGAUACAGUAUGAAUAAGAUUGGUUUGGAAUGGCAAACAGUGUUUCUCGUGUGGAUUUUCUGAUAAGGAAUUCACAUUGCUGUCUUAGUUAGCACCUUCAGGACUUUGGAGAUCCGGAAUGGUAGUUUUAGAGCUGAUGGCAUUAAUAGCCUGAGGCUGAUGCUUUUUCUCAGAAAGGCGGGCGGGGGAGAGACUUGAAUGUUCUCAAGGUUGAAAUUGCCUUUACCGGAAGGCAUGUAGACAGUGACUGUACAUACCAUUGAGCCAUGCCUCAUACCAGAACCGCGCCUUUGCCCCCAUUGUUUUGAGUCAGCACAUUUUGAUAGGAGCUGUUGUUUUGAAAUCUCCCUUAUAGCCUUUUCUUCUUCAUCCCUAAUUACUCACUGUAGGGAUUUAAUGCUGCCUGUAAAACCAUCUCAGCCUUCAGGCCUAACAUCUUCCCACCACCACCACUCCCAGGCUAUCCUAUUAAGUUAUAUGGCCGCGUCUCCAGCUGCCCUUGUUCCCUGCUGUAAAACAAUCCACUCUCUCUGUGGGGGAAGCUAUGGAAUUUUCCUUAUCAGCGGUUGAAAUGACUUCUGCUUGUAAACCUCUUACUCAGAUGCUCUUUGAUAGUGGCUUUGGGGGCAGGGGUGUUGCUGAAAUUUCGGGAGUGGAGAUGGAGAUAGUUGCUUGUGGUUGAUACUUCAUCCCCAUGUGCUUCUGGCACUGUGCAUAAAUCGCAUAAAUCGCAGUUCUCCAUGCUAGUAUUUUUGGAGCCUUUAACUCAGCUGCCACCAUGUGGCUGUGCUACUACAGACACAGGAGCUGCUUAAGCAGAGAGAUGCCAUUCCCAAGGCAGUGUGUACAGGGCCCACCAAAAUGAAAUUGGGAUAAAGCCCAUUGUUUACACUCCACUCUACUCACAGCAUGUGCUCCAGGGGAGGAGGGGAUUUGUGAAACAGAGCCAGUUCCCGCACUGGCCAUUUGGUUUCUGUCACCCAGCAGCACACCUGCUGUUUGAACCCCUCCCUCUCCAAGCCCAAGUCUGGAGUAUGCAUCUCUUUCAACUCCUCUCUUAUCCCACCACCAAGCACACAACUUUCCCACCCCAUUCCAUGAGCUCACAGUCCUGUCACCCUAAUGCCUGGUCUAAGCUCCCAGUAAAAAAAUGAUCUAAUCCCUCAGUAAAGUACUGAGAGAGAGAAAGAGAGAGAACAAACAAGAUCUUAUCUUGGAACAAUGACCUGACUUUAUCAGCAGUGUGCCAUUGCAGAUAAUCUCCUUGAUGCCAUUUGGAUAGAGGUCCUGUCUCUCUGCAUUUCUCUAGGAACUGUGGAGCCUUAAAUGCAAGGUGUUGGCCAUAAAUUGUUGUUGAACCUGGCCUGCUUCAACUUGCUUCCUUUAACAGAAGAGUGCAAAAUAGCUGAUUGCCUUGUGGAUCUGGUUAACAUUGUUAACGUUUUAUGAGAUAUAAAAUGCACAGAUCCAAAAGGGUUAUAUGUGGCAAUCUGACUGCCACUACACUAUCACAGCUCUGAAAGAUUUUUGUAUCUACCAUAUCUGAAAUGAGUGAGAUCUACCACUUGUGUCCAGAAAAUACAGCUCUGGACAGUUGUGCUAGAAGCAUAUCCUCACCUUCCUUCUUAUUCUGUCCAGCUUUCAGAAAUAGCCUCUUAUCAGGGGAUUCUAAAAUAUCUUGUUUUACACUAGCAAUGGCCAUAUACUUUUGUUGCUGGGUUAUAACAAGGCUUGGUUGUAUUUAAGGAAUGUGGUGUUGCUUUUUCAAGCUAUAAAGAUGCUAAUAUGUAAAAGGUGGUUAUAAACUUCAGGAAACCCCUAUAGAGGGAGUAGUGGAGCAGUUUGUCUUAAAUUUGGUGCAGUUAUUAAAACUCCCUGGACAAUCCAGGUAAUUUCUUGACUUCCUAAUUGGACUGCUUAAUGCUCCCAAGGAAUCCAGAUUCUGCUUCCAAGCCUAUCAAAUCCAGGUGUUUAAAAAUAAUAAAAUAAAUGGCACUUCAGACUCUGAAUUGUACAGUGACACUAGCUACUAAUGUUCAAAGAACUAAUAAGAGACACAUCUUAGUGAAAUGUCUUUUUCAUGUUUGGGGUCUGCUAUGAUGAUUGCCUUUUGAUAUUGCUUUCACUUAAAAAAAAAUGCCAAACUCUAAAAAUCCAAGACCGAACGAAAUGGUUAGAGUGUGUGCUAUCAUAUACCAGUGUAUUUGGGUCUUCUCAGUGUAUUUUAGAAGAUCACUGUGAAAUAUGUAGUAUGGGAGUUUUAGGCAUCUGUUUUUCUCUAUUCUAACAUUCAGGGAGCAUUCUGUUUUGGAAAAUUCUUAUAUCUGAAACACUAAGUUAAUGGAACACUGAUUUCCUCCUAUCUCACACCUCUAUGCUAGCAACCUAGCAUGGUUUCGUGGAGUGACCUGAGUGAAAAUGUCAAAACAGUUGGAGCUAGAAGGUGCUACUUCAGAGAACUAAGCAGUAAUAGUCAUGGAAAACAGGAAGUUCUUGAUUUAAUAACACUGCCCCUAGUGGUGGGAGUGGAAUUGGGAAGUCAGGCAAUUGGUGGCUGAGAGCUGCCAGAAUUGACAAGACAAAACUCUUCUCAUGCCAAUCACUCAGUCUUGUCAGUGCAGCAGGUGCUGUUUUUAUAAUACAAUAUUUUUUAACUUUUUUCCAUUUGUAGAGGAAAGCCGUUAUCCUUCUGAACAAAAUGGCUGUGUCUGUUGACCUUUUUUAAAAAAUAAAAUAAAAGCAUUUCCAAACUUUUUAGUGUCAAAAGCGUAAACAUAAGAAUACUGACUUUUUUCAGUGUGUGUGGCGAGUGCUGUAACCCUGUCAUCAUUGGUAUUUUCCCUUUCCUUUUUCAGGGGUAUAUUUUUUAUUUUUUAUUUUCCUGUUUUGUUCUCUGCUUGUCAAUUAUUGUCUGUGUGGUCCUCUGGCUGGGACAAUUACCGACAAUGUGUGUCUGUUGUCCAGUUUUAAAUAAAAAAAAGAUAGAAGUAGAAAUGAAAAAAGUUGUGUAUUAAAAAUAUAAAAAAUUAAAUGUAUCAUCCAAAGGAAUUCAAAAUAUGAAAAGGCAAAGUUCUGGACAACUCCUCCCAGUUUUAUAAGGAAAUGGAUUUUUUAGGAUCAAGGUACCUUUCAAUUGCCUUUGACAGACCAAGGAAGACCAAACCAGUGUGGCCUUCUUAGCAAUGUUAUUAACUCCUGAUUUUAUCCCUCUCCCAAUACUGUAAUGUAUGGAUGACCUUUCAAAAACAGGAAGGGGCAGCAUUAGAAACUACUUUUUCCAUUGAUAUCUCUGGGGCUUUAAUACUGCAAAUUUAAAUAGAAGGGAUGCAUUGCAGCAUUUUUGCACACUCUUUUAGUCUCUAUUUUUUACACACAAACUACUUAGUAUUUCUUAAUGCACCUUCAUUUAUGUCGGUCCCAGUUUAUUUGUGUGUGGUUAUUUUGUAUGUACCCACUUUUGAAAAUGUGCAUUCAGAAUCUUACAACAAAGGGCUUGCCAUUCUUUUCUGCACCAGUGGGAUGGAAACUUUUGAAUUUACAUUUAAAGGGUAUGGCCAACAUAAAUCUGCAUAUCAUAAAUACUGUUGCUACUAGCCGUAUCUUAAUUUAUUUUACAUGAAUGUACCUUUUUAAAAAAUCCUGGUAAAUUUGGGGGAUAUCAGUAACCCUUUCAGUUUGAGGUUACCAAUGUUCCUGUGCUGUUGUCUAUUUAAUUCAUUGUCCAUUGCUGCAGCAGAAGUCAAAGUUGAGAAUGCUGGGAUACAUUUUUGUUAAUAUGGGAUAUAAAUAUUAAGCCAAGCUUAAUUGAUAUUCUUCCUUUAAUUUGUUUUUUAGACAUCUUUCAUGGCUAAAUCAUUUCUCUCAAUCAUUUCCACCUGGUAAACCUGGGUUUCCCAAACUUGGGUCUCCAGAUGUUUUUGGACUACAACUCUCAUAAUCCCUAGCUAGCAGGACCAGUGGUCAGAGAUGAUGGAAAAUGUAGUCCAGAAACAGCUGGAAGCCAAAGUUUGGGAAACCCUGCUGAGUGAACCCAGGAUUUGGCUUAAUACUGGUUUCAGUGGGCACCUCCUAAAUACAAAUAGUUCACAGGUGUUGCUUUGCUCAGCUAGUCUUCUGUCCUUCAGUGAUAUUUGGUAUGCUAGAUCUAAGCUUAUUUAUGCAUAUCAAAAGUUCGUGUUCUUCUUUAGGUUCCAUGUAAGUAAAUGGAGUUGUAUCCAGAAGACACUAUUAUCAACUGGCAUGACUUAAAGCUGAUGUAACAUCAUGUUCAUUCAUCCCUGCCAGGACAGUAUUGCUACUUCCCUCUCAUUUACCUCAUGCUGAAUUUAGAUCACCAGGAUCCGUUUUAACAAAUUUUUCGUGAAGGCAGCACAGCGGGCUGUCAAAGGGAGUGAAAAAUUGUAGGAUGUCCCCAACACACACACACACACAACCCUCUCACGCAUACACUACAGAAAGUGAUCUUUUACUACUCAGAAAGUGAUGUGUUGCACUUUAACAGAGGAGGAGAUGAGCUUUGCAUAUAUAGUCUGGCAUACUUUGAGUUCCUUCUGGAAGGAGCAGCAGCGGGAGAUAAUAGAUGUCUGUGAUGCAAGUGCGCACGCUGCCUUCAACUUGUAUGUGUUUUAUUGAUGGAGUCAUGUUACUGACAGGAUAAUGAAUUGCAAAGAAAUUGUGUUAUAUAUUCAACUUUGCCUUGAUAAUAUAAACACUUUUGUUCAGUUUUUUUUCUUUCCUUUUUUUUUAUUCACAAACUAAGUUCAUGAGGAAAUUAUAAAAUUAUUUAAAAAUG